AUGGCUCCGGAGUAUGCAAUGCAUGGAGAGUUCUCUGUUAAGUCUGACGUGUACAGUUUUGGAGUCCUCCUUUUGGAGAUUGUAAGUGGCAAGAAGAAUAGCUCUUUCUAUCAAACGGAUGGUGCUGAGGAUCUAAUGAGCUAUGCUUGGCUUCUUUGGAAGGAUGGAACACCCUUGGAACUGAUGGAUCCCAUAAUAAGAGAAUCCUACAACCAGAAUGAAGUUAUCAGAAGCAUCCAUAUUGGUCUGCUCUGUGUCCAAGAAGAUCCAGAAGACAGACCUCCCAUGGCAACAAUAGUUCUUAUGCUAGAUAGUAACACUGUUACUCUACCAACUCCUAAGAGGCCUGCAUUUUUCAUCCACAGUGGAACCGAUACAACCAUGCCAAAGGUGCUGCAAUUUGAUCAAUCUAUAACAAAAACAUCACCAGUGUCUAUCAACGAGAUGUCCAUUAGCGAAAUGGAUCCUCGAUAA